UCAGUGCCUAGAUACAUAUCAGUGGGACGAAAUACUCAAAAAAACAUCAUGUCCUAGUAAAGCUAUGGAACUUGUUAUGAAUGUCGUCAAAAAUAAAUUUGAAACAUACUUCCCUCUAAAAAAACAGUUACUGAAAAAAACUGGACACAAAUGGGUCAACGAUUCUUUAAGGAAAUUACGUGUAAAAAUAUCACAAUUGAAAAAUUACAUAACGACUCAUUCCGACAGCGUCGAGUCUCGCACGCACCUACAACAGCUGGAAAAUGAAUACUGGAUAAAAUUACGGCAAGUACGUAGUAAUUUCAUAAACGGUUGCAUAUCUAACUGCAAGGAUGACAUGGGCAGGAGCAUGUGGCGUGUCAUAUCAACGGAGACAUGUAAAAAUAAUAAAGGUAAUAGUGCUAUCGAUGUGUUCGUUAGCCGGUCAGCUGGCGACUGCGUAGGCACGCGCGCCGCCGCCGCCGCUGCGCUGCUAAACCGGUAUUACAUCGAAACCAACGUUAACAAUGCCGUACCGUGCACUAGCACGGCACUUACGUACCUCACGCAAUACCUACCUGCUACGUGCCCGCCUUUUAAAUUCGAGCCGUUUGGGCUGGAUGAGAUGAUAUUCGCAUGCAAAAAAAUCAAACGAAAGGAAUCAAAGGAUAUAAAUGAUAUGUCGACUCGCCUUAUUGACUAUUUGCCUCCGACUGUCAUCUCACUGCUACUAACGUUGUUUAAUGAGUGUGUGUGUCAGGGAACCUAUCCAAGCGUUCUAAAGAAGAUAAAGGUCCAACCCAUCUAUAAAGGCAAAGGCGAAAUGCAUCUGCCUAAGCAUUACCGGCCUAUAUCGCUCAUACCGGCUGCUUCCAUGAUAUCAUAGCGUCGUUCCUGAGUGACCGCAAACAGAGCACCUACGUUCUCGGUUCCAAAUCUGACCUCGAUCCAAUAGGAAGCUGUGCGGUCCCUCAAGGCUCCAUAAUGGGAAACAACCUUUUUCUCCUCCUGGUGAAUGAUAUUUCAACAGCUUGUGAUAUCCCGGAAUACGUAAUGUUUGCCGACGACACUUGUCUUAUAGUAAACGCAGAAGAUGUAGACUCUCUAAAACUAAAGUUAUGUCAAGUGAUGCACCAAAUGGCUUCGUGGUUCUCAUCCAACGGUAUGCUGCUCAACGUAAAUAAAACAAAUAUUGUACACUUUAAGUUGCGAAAAAAAUACCUACCACUUAAUAUAGUAGCAGAUAACGUUCCUGUACCCCAAACGGACUCCUCCAAAUACUUGGGAUUCGUGAUCGACUCCGGGCUGACGUGGACACCGCACAUUGACCACGCGUGUGACAGGCUGUCAUCGGCGUGCUAUGCUCUCUCAAGAUUGGCACCAACCUUAACGAGUGAGAACGUCAGAAAAGCCUAUUUUGGCUAUUUCCACUCCAUUUUAAUACAAGGUGUUGAUCUUUGGGCGACAUCUGCUAGCCGAGACAAGAUGUUCAAAAUG